CGACGGCAGUUCGGCCACGUCCCCGGCCACGUCGCGCCGCCCUCGCCAUCUUCUCCGCUUCCUCUCAGGGGCCGCCGCCUCCUUAGUCGCCGAGCUCCGUGGCCGCCGCGCCAACUGUCGCCGCUGCCGCCAUGAACAUCUUCCGGCUGACCGGGGACUUGUCCCACCUGGCGGCCAUCGUCAUCUUGCUGCUGAAGAUCUGGAAGACGCGCUCCUGCGCCGGUAUUUCUGGGAAAAGCCAGCUUCUGUUUGCACUGGUCUUCACAACUCGUUACCUGGAUCUUUUUACUUCAUUUAUUUCGUUAUAUAAUACAUCUAUGAAGCUUAUCUACAUUGCCUGCUCCUAUGCCACGGUGUACCUGAUCUACAUGAAAUUCAAGGCAACUUAUGACGGCAAUCACGACACCUUCCGAGUGGAGUUUCUGGUGGUCCCUGUGGGAGGCCUCUCAUUCCUUGUCAAUCAUGACUUCUCUCCUCUUGAGAUUCUGUGGACCUUCUCCAUCUACCUUGAGUCGGUGGCCAUUCUUCCACAGCUCUUCAUGAUCAGCAAGACAGGGGAGGCAGAGACCAUCACCACCCACUACCUGUUCUUCCUGGGCCUCUAUCGGGCUUUGUAUCUAGUCAACUGGAUCUGGCGCUUCUACUUUGAGGGCUUCUUUGACCUCAUUGCUGUGGUCGCUGGCGUGGUCCAGACCAUUCUGUACUGCGACUUCUUCUACUUGUACAUUACAAAAGUGCUCAAGGGAAAGAAGCUGAGUUUGCCAGCGUAAGUGCCAAAGCACAUCAUCAGCCUCUGUCCUUCAGGGUGCUCGGACAGAAUUCGUACCAUAGCAAAGGCACGAGACGCUUGAUGCGGAAAAGCAGAAACUUCACUCUUUGGUUGCACACAGUCACCGGUGGCUCUGUGAGGACAUGGAGGACAACAAGCAGAUGUUUCUGUUUAAUGCAUCUUGCCUUAUCUUUUUUUAUUACUAUGUACAAAGAUUUUUUUACACAAAGAAACUCUGUAUUAAUAAAUUCAGUGUGUAGCUUAAUUGGGAUAGUUCCAAAAGUGAUGAUUUUGUGAGGAAAGCUUUUUUUAUUUUAAAAAAAAGUCAUUGAAAUUGUUGAUUCUGUCUGCAAUGAAAUUGUACCCCCUUGACAGCUGGUAGAUUAUAUAUUCAAACCAAAUUCGCAUCCCACUAUAUUUAUUUUUAUUUUUAUUUUUUGCCAAAAUGAUGAGCUAUAUUUGUUGGGAAUCUGAGAUCUUAUGUUUAGUUGGGUCCAUUAGUCCAAAAUUAUUCCCACUUGCUGUGGAAAUCCUUCCAUGGAAGACACACUACAUUUGAGGUUGGUGCAUAUGGCUUGCAACUCGGUUUUCAUUACCAGAAUUUUAAAGUUCCGAAAAGAGAUGGAGUUGAGAGUCACCACAGGGGUCUGCAUCAGCUUGGGACUCUUCCAGGAUCCCCUGGGAGGGGCUGUAAUGAUGGAUCCUGCUGGGUACAGGACUCCACUCCUCUGAGGAAUGGAACAUGAUACUUAACCUAUUGCUUUUGUAAACAAAUCAAAAGCUGACCACAACCAUGUCUACACCCAGAAUCGAGUGGGUUUUUAUAUCACUGUUGAGUGAUAAGAGGAUUUGUGAUAUUUUUUAAUUGGCAGCACCAGUUACCAUUCCUUAUAUUCUUUUUUUUUUUUUAAACUGAGCUCUUGCAUGACUUAUCUUGUGUUACCAUCCUAAAUAAACAUUUUCUUAAAC